AUGUCAAGUGAUUGGGAUAGAGAAAUCUAAUAAAAUGAUUCUCCAUUAUAUCAAAAUUAUCAAAGAUUAAGGGAAUUGAAUGUAAAAACGAAAGCAGACAUCUGCAAGUCACUUCAGAAUCUCCAAAUAUAAAUGAUUGAAUAAGAUGAAGAGUUACAAUGUGAAAUUGGUUCAGCUUUACGGCGCAAAUAGAGUCGUAUUAAAAAAGUCUAAAAAGAAUCUCAUUAUAGUUGUCAAAGGAUGGCUUCCAUCUCAAAAACUCCAAGCUAACUCAAUAUCUCAAAAGAAUCCAUUGAGAAAAAAGGCAUAUUGAAAAAACGAGAAUCUUUUCAAAGUUCAAGUUCCAGUGAAAAAAUCUCAUAGAAGCACGUCAAAUUUUGCUCAGAAUCCUCUAAAUUUGUCCACAUGGCACUAAAAUGA